AUGGCUCAUUCCAAGCUUAUAGCAGCUGCAUUGUUGAUUUUACUCUUUGUUGAUCUUGCCUUUUGUGCAAGAUUAGGAAAGUCGGUAAAUGGUUAUGGUUCAGGGGAAGGCUCGGGAUAUGGUGGGGGUGACGGGCUGUAUGGAAGUGGUGGAGGUGGUGGCAGUGGAGGCGGCGGGGGAGGCGGUGGGGGUCGGGGAAAUUCGGGUACGGGUAGUGGAUCAGGGUAUGGGUCGGGUGGAGGAAUAGGAAGGGGUGGAGGUGGUGGUGGUGGCAGCACAGGAAAUGGCUCAGGGUCUGGCUAUGGAAGUGGAAGUGGUUCUGGAUAUGGAAGUGGUGGGGGUAGAGGAGGAGGAGGCGGUGGCGGUGGAGGAGGAGGUGGCGGCGGCGGUGGUGGCGGUGGCAGUGGCAACGGUUCAGGGUAUGGUAGUGGCUCAGGGUAUGGAUCAGGCUAUGGUUCAGGAUAUGGUGGAGGGGAUGGAGGUGAUGAACGACCUUGA